AUGGAAAUUGAAAGAGCAGCAACCUUUGCUUUUGAGAACCUCACGCUCCAAGAAAAGUCUCUGGCACGCGAGAUUGUCAGGUUCCAGUACUAUGAUGCUAAGAAAAUCACUGGCUUCUAUAGAGCCCCGGUGCUCUACAUGGACCAGGUCAUGAAGCAUCUUGCCACGGGUGCCAAGGAGUCCAAGACGACUCCGCGUCGUGUUUCUCUUUAUUGCGAUACUCUAGUGUUGGCGGAAACUCUCACCCUCAUGGGUAAUGACACUUUCAUCUGCAACAUCAUCGCCCGUCAGAUCCUAUUCUCAGCGGCCGAGCAGGGUCCAGCGAUACAGAUGCGGACCAACCGCAAUUCGCGACUGCUUAUCAAUUCUCAGAUUCUUCCGAAGGCUUUUCGGGUCGAGUUCGUCAGCGAACAGAACCAAAGGGAGCUGAAGGAAGUAGAGAUUCCAGAUGACGCUUUCGGGAUCUCCUACAUCGCAACUGGAACAGGAACGGCCGUGAAAGUAGAUGUUAUUGCUACUGGCCCAAACAUGGAAAUGCAGAGUGAGAAUUGGAUGAACCUUAUAAAUGAUGAUGGGACGCUAAGAGACGUCCCAUUUACUACAGACAAUUUUCCGCGUCUUCUGAACUUUCAGUACCUCAUGGCCGCCGCAAUGGUUCAUGAAAGCCCUAGGCUUUCUAUGUCGAUUCUGAACUGGAUCUGUGCUGCUACCAAGACGGUCGGAGGGUCGCUACUCGGAGCACAAGCUCAGUCACUCCGUAAUAGUAUUGCUGUCGACACCUCGGGCAUGAUUUCCAGCGUGCCAUCGCUCAAUAUCUACUCUUGCAAGCAGAUUCUCAAAUCCCGCCUUUUGGCUGCCAAGGCGUUUGAAGAUAGCUUCAGGGACUACACGUCUGAGGAGCGCAGUGCCAGUAGCUGGGUAUACCUUGCUGCCGAUCUUUUGCGUAAGAGCGACCAAGCCUUGGAGGAAUACGGAUUUCUAUCCACCAUGGCUCGAAAGCGUUACGAUGAAGCCAUCGAGGCGCAUUCUUACGCAGAAGAUCAAUUUAAGAGGACUCAGGAAUUGGUCACUGAGACCAGUGAACAAUUUAAGGCAGAUGUGGCCGAAUGGGAGAAGGAGCAAAAGCUGGCGGCAGCCAAGGACAUACUUAUGGGGCUCAUUGCUGUGGGUGUCGCCAUAGCUGCCACAGUUGCUACCGCUGGUGCUGCUGCGCCAGUUGCUGCUGGUACGAUGGCCAGCGUAGCCACUACGGGUAGCAAGGUAGCGAUGGCGAUUGCCAAGGUCAAGGAGAUCAUCGAAAAGAUACAGGAUAUUUACGAAAAGCUCGAGCCUAUCAUAGAGAAGCUGGGCGAGCUGUUCACAGCUAUCAAAUCCAUGGUCGCUGCGAUCGAAACAUCCCAAACCGCUUUAGAUGUCCCCAACUCACUCAAAGAAGGGGACAUGAAGCUUGAUGCUCUCAAUGCGACGGCCCAGUGGGAUAUUUUUGACAUUCAGGUUGGCCUCCUCGAAAAGCAGUUUGCAGAUCUGGGUGUUCCCAACCAGGACAAAUAUCUUUUUGCGUUGCGGUCUCUUGUUGUUCAUGGCAAGACAUACCUGCAGUCACAGGUCAAUGUUCUCGUUCGUGGCGACGAACUGGCGACGGUCAAAUUCAGACUAAGACAGCAAGAAGCAAGUCGCCCAGCUAUCGAAACCAUGUUGACUCGCUUCGAAGGCAACAAUGACCUGGUGAGCAUACUUAAGAUGGCGAUGUUUGAUCGUCUCCUUGCCAUCCGAGCGCUCAUAUAUAUCGACUUCAAUUCGUAUGUCAACGCCUACAACUACCACACACUAGAUACCAACUCGCCUGUCAAGAUGUCAGCUGUAAAGCCUGUGGUGGAUUAUCUGGCCGAUGCUGCGCGGUUGCAAAGUUAUGUUUCGGCUUUCGGUUCCAAGAUAUUGAUUCAGCGGAAAUCCUUCAAGCUUAAUCAUGCAGCCUUACAAAUCCAAGUGGCGCAAGUCGCGAAGGAAUUGAAAGGCGCCGGUCGGUUCAAAUUCUCUCUUGAUCCCACAGCCCCAAGCUUUGUUGGGCUUUACCGCGUCCGUGUCACUCGUGUUCGCGUCUAUUUACGAGGCAUCCGUGCUUUGGCCGACAAGCCACUUCGCCUCGCCCUCCACACUACUGGACGGUUCAAGGAUAUUGCACCCCCGCGUAGCGUCCCCACCGCUUCAUCUACGUAUUCCUUUACCGGGGAUCCUCGGACCAUUCUCUACGAGGUCAAACUGGAACCGACGGAAGAGAUCACCUGCGAUGGGGACUAUGGACUAUCCCAGGAUUAUACCAUUCAAUCUCCGUUUACGGAAUGGACUGUAGAGCUUGCAAAAGGGGGUUUGUCUGCUGAUGAAUUGGACACUGAUAGAUUGGAUGAGGUCGAGGUCGAGCUGUGUUGCGAUGUCUGCUACAGCGAUGAGCUCUGA